CGGCGCCAUGUUUGCUAUUUGUUGUUGAACCGCGCAGGUUCGUUUUAUACAACUCAUCUGGUUUCAAACUCAAUUUUAACUCAAAAGUUUGACUGGUGUGGAAAGAGUUCCCCACCUCGACGACAAAGACUUGGAUUAAAGGAACAUGGACGUGGACAUGGACUCCAGCCACACGGAGAGCGAGCGGGCGGAGGGUGACAGCAACAUCCAGGCUCCCUGCUCCUCCAACGGCAGCGGCGGAGAAGAAGAUGAGGCUGAGGCAAUUCGAGGCGUCACACAAGUCGGGGACUCGGUUAGUCGGCACAUGCCAAACGAAGGUGGAAUCUUGGGCCGGGAGCAGGAGGUGUCGGUGGAGAUAGGAGAGACGUAUCUGUGUCAAAGAACCGACAAGACAUGGCACACAGCAGAGGUCAUUCAGUCUCGACUGAACGAGCAGGAGGGCAGGGAGGAGUUCUACGUUCAUUAUGUCGGAUUUAACAGACGCCUGGAUGAGUGGGUGGGAAAGGCACGUCUGGCUCUGACAAAGACAGUGAAAGAUGCUGUCAGGAAGAGCACUGAGAUGGGCGGCAUCGGUGAUCUGGGAGAACAGCCGGAGAGGAAGAUCACUCGGAACCAGAAGCGCAAGCACGAUGAAAUCAACCACGUGCAGAAGACGUAUGCAGAAAUGGACCCAACAACAGCUGCCCUGGAGAAAGAACACGAGGCGAUCACCAAAGUCAAAUACGUGGAUAAGAUCCAGAUCGGUAACUUUGAGAUAGACGCCUGGUACUUCUCACCUUUCCCUGAGGAUUAUGGAAAGCAGCCCAAGCUGUGGAUCUGCGAGUACUGCCUGAAAUACAUGAAGUAUGAGAAGACCUUCAGACAUCACCUGGCUCACUGUCAGUGGAGACAGCCGUCAGGAAAGGAGAUCUACAGACGCAGCAACAUCUCGGUGUUCGAAGUGGACGGACGAGACCACAAGAUCUACUGUCAGAAUCUCUGUCUUCUGGCCAAACUCUUCCUGGACCACAAGACCUUGUACUUUGAUGUGGAGCCGUUCAUCUUCUACAUCCUGACGGAAGUCAACAAACACGGAGCCCACAUCGUAGGAUACUUCUCCAAAGAAAAAGAGUCACCGGACGGAAACAACGUGGCGUGUAUUCUCACACUGCCGCCGUACCAACGCAGAGGUUACGGGAAGUUUCUCAUAGCCUUCAGUUAUGAGCUGUCAAAGCUGGAGAACACAGUAGGUUCUCCGGAGAAGCCUCUGUCUGAUCUGGGGAAGCUGAGCUACAGGAGCUACUGGUCCUGGGUUCUACUGGAGAUCUUGAGGGACUUCAGAGGAACGCUGUCCAUCAAAGACCUCAGUCAGAUGACCAGCAUCACCCAGAGUGACAUCAUCAGCACGCUGCAGUCCCUCAACAUGGUCAAGUACUGGAAAGGGCAGCAUGUCAUCUGUGUGACGCCCAAACUGGUGGAGGAACAUCUGAAGAGUGCUCAGUACAAAAGACCCCCCAUCACAGUUGACACUGUUUUUCUGAAAUGGGCUCCUCCCAAAAAUAAACAAGUGAAGUUGUCCAAGAAGUGAGAGACGACUAGAGAAGACAUGCCCAGAGACACAGUGUCCACAUGUCUGGUGCAGAUUGUUCUCUACCAACUGAACUUUCAAGGUUUGGGUUAAGGUUGAACUUUAUUGAUCUGGCACUGGGGACAUUUUUGUUCCUAAAUGAACCUGCUGUAAAUACUUGUUAACGCUGCCUGUCAGUAUUUUCUUAAAAGAAAUGUGACCAAAGACCAAA